UAACUUCGUAUGUAACUCGGUGUCUUCGGAUGAGACACGUGUUUUGCGGAAGACCUUUUCAAAAAGUAUUUCUUACACAUUUACACUGAUUUAUACGCAGUCUCUACACAUACACACACCUUUAUAUAUACAUAGCAUGUACACACAAGUCUAGAUGAUAUUGCGGAAAUGGACGAGAAACCCAGCACCAGUUACAAUCCAGCAACUGAUGCUACAACACCCACCACAUCUGAGUCAAACAUUUCCUUAUCUGAUGUAGGAGGCAAUGAGACUCUACAUAAAACAACAAAGAAUAUUCUCUUGAGACAUGCUCUCAACAAUGACAAAGUGCAGUUAUGGAAGCCUCCAUAUACAUUGGACAAUGGAGAACAAGGAUUAAUUCCUCAGGAAAUGUUGCUGAAAUAUUCACAACUCGUUAAAACAACUACCAAUAAAGUUGCUGAGAUGAUGGAAGCACUCCGACAGAAUGCCUUACAAAAGUUAUCUGCCCGUGGCAAGUUCAACACUCAUGGAGUAGCCACUUUGAAACUCCGGAUUAAUUCUUGCAGGAAAAUAAAGAUUUCCAAUUCUGAAAUUAUAGAAGUCAAUCUACAACAAACUGGACUUUUCUUGCGAACAAAAAUUGCUGAAAUGUGUGGAGUACAAACAGAAAAUAUUAAAAUGAUAGUUUCUGGUCGUCUCUUAUCAGAUGAACAAUCACUCUGUGACCAAAAUGUUAAGUGCAACAGUUUGGUUCUGGUGAUUGUGUCUCAGUUUACACCCAGUGAAGUGCAUAUAAUGGAAGGAUCAAUGAUGGAUUUGGCUAAUUCUAGAAAAGAAGCUGAAAUUUUAUCUUCUAAAGUUGAAGACAGUUCAGAUGAUACGCCAUUUUUGGAGAUUACUGACCAGAAUGGCCGACCUCUAAAGUUACCAGCGAGUGAGAAAAAGGCUCUAGCUUUUGCUAUGGCACUUAAUGAGAAAGGAAGAUCAUACUUGAAACAGAAAGACUAUUCUUCAGCUCUCAUUUUACUCCUGGAAGCAGACAGUGAGUUUAAAAAGUGUCGAUCUGAUAUUCUGUCUGCUGUUGAUAAUUUUGCCUUGGUUAAUCUGGACAUUGUUUGGUGCUAUCAACAAUUACAAAACAUCGAUGAAUUACCUGAUGCAGAUAAAAGGUUGAAGAUAUGUGAAGAUUGUUUCCAUCAGAGUUAUGGGGCAAAUCUUGAGCGACUAACAUUAAUGAAGCACAUUUUUUCCACUCACUCUGUCUUACCUAAUCUAGUCCUCUUUCUCACACUCCUUCUCACUAUCCAUCUGCCUCUCUCUCUCUCUCUUUCUCACCAUGUAUGUAUUGUCCUCACUGCUGUUAAUGUGAUGUUGUUAUGUUUUGUAUUAAAGGCUUCUUCUGAACUGAGUCAGGUGACAAUCAAGGAUGAAGCUUUACAACAAGUGAUGUCCAUGGGAUACAAGGAUAGAGAAGCUCGUUUAGCAUUGAGGGCCACUGAUGGAGAUAUCCAGGCUGCAAUUAACCAUAUUGAACAACGAAAAGAGGAAAAGAGGAAAAUUAAAAAAGAAAUGGAAUCGGAACGCAAAAGGAAAAGGAUCCAUUAUCAGCUUGGAGCUACAGAGAAUGGAGAAGAAAUCUCAAUUGAAAACUACUCCCUGCUGGUUGAGAUGGGUUAUCCUACCACUGUUGCCCUCAACACCCUCAGACUGGCAAAUAAUGACUUGAAUGCAACUUUGGAGAUGCUACAAGGGAAUGUAGAAACAUUCCAGCCAGCAGAUGAUACAGAUGUGGAUCCAGACCUUCUGGCACAAAUUGUUGAUCUUGGAUACAUAACAGAAUUCUCUAAAGAAGCAUUAAAGUCAUCCAAAAACGAUUUAGAGAAAGCCUUGAAUCUUCUCAAUAAAUAUGAUGGAAUUUUGCCCCCUAAUCCAGCUUUACCCCUUCAGUCACCCCAAGAAAAUACUCAAGAACAAGACAUGAAAGAGAAGGAGGUGUUGGAUAAUUUCAGGAAAAUUCUACCCAGAGAUUCCGAAGACUACCUUGAUUCCUUACUUAUAGAAGAAUCACAGAUCCUUUCAGACUAUCUGAGUUUACUGGAACACGUCUAGCAGAACAUCAGAUGGAAAACUUGUUUGUAUGGAGAUAAGACUUAUUUGAUGCACAGGAAAGACACAACAGGAAACUUAAUUAUUUGGUCAUGUGUAUUGCUGCAAUCUUACAAGUUGUUGAAUGAUCUUUUAAUAUUUCAUCUUGAAAAUUAAGCCGGCUGUCAUGGCAUGGACUGAUUAUACUUGUGUUAGAUUUUCUAUAAUUAAAAUUGAAUUUUUUCUAAAAUUAAAAUUGAAUUUUUCUAAAAAUUAAA